AUGGUCACUGAACUGAGCAAGAGUGUUGCCAAGAACAACAACACUCCCAAGGGUGAUAACAAACCUUUGACCAAGGAUGCUAUCAAGACGGCUACUGAUAAGAAGAGAAAGCUGGAGCACACUUCCACGUCUACUCCCAAACCUGAGGGAUGUUUCAGAUGCAAGUCUCUCAAACAUCAGUUGAGGAACUGCCCGUUGCCAGACGUCCGCACUGAAGAGGAGAAGAAGGCAGCUGAGGAGAGGAAGGCACAAUGGAUCAAGUCCAAACAACCGGCCAAGUCGACGUACCCUGGUACCAAGACACCAGGCAAGACCAAGGAGAUUUCAACUGUUGCCAUUGUUGAUGACGACCGGCUGACCAAGGUCAAGAUUGAUUCGGGUGCUGACACCUCAGUCUUGCCUGCGCACUGGGCUCACAACAUGCCAUUGGAGAAGUCCGACACUGUACUUAGAGGAUUUGAUGGAUCAACUGUAGCCUCUAAGGGCAUAACUGUAAAGGAACUUAAAGUAAAGAACAAGUUUGGUCUUUAUGUGUCUGUGUCUGUGUGUUUUGAAGUGAUUGAUUGUGAUGAGAAUGCCUCGAUACUGAUCGGUAGAGACCAUCUUCAACACACCGCAUCAACACUCGACUUUGGUUCAAACAUCUGGUCAUCAAUGCUCCGUAAGUUCAGGUGA